AUGAAGUUCUCUGCUACUAUUGUUGCUGCGCUAGCUGCAGCCUCAGUCGAAGCUCACUACACCUUCGGCCGGUUGAUUUACGGCGGCACAACCUAUCCUGAAUGGCAGCACGUGCGCAAGACUCUCAACUUUUGGUCCAACGGCCCCACCGACGGCGUAUCAUCGACGCAAAUCCGUUGCUACGAAGCCGAGGCCAAGGAUAGAGGCACUGUCACAACCCUCCCGGUAACGGCAGGCUCGACUAUCGGGUUCGCGUCAAACAGCAUCGUUGGGCACCCCGGGCCUGCGAGUUUUUACAUGGCCAAGGUGCCGGCGGGUCAAACUGCGGCGACGUGGGACGGCAGCGGGGCAGUCUGGUUCAAAAUCUACCACGAGAGGCCGACGAUUACGAGCAGUGGGUUGCAGUGGGCCUCGUUCAAUGCUCCGGCUCUUUCAGCCAAGAUCCCUACUUGUCUUGCAUCCGGGGAGUAUCUCCUCCGCGUUGAACACCUGGCCCUGCACGGAGCCGCGACUGAGGGCGGAGCGCAGUUCUAUGUCGCCUGCGCUCAAAUCUCGCUGUCAGGUGGCGGGAACACUAACCCGUCCGGGGUGUCGUUCCCCGGAGCUUACAAGUCCACAGACCCGGGCAUUCUCUUCCAACCGUACUGGCCUACACCGACUAGUUAUACCAACCCAGGCCCGGCUCCGAUCACCUGUUAA